CCAUCGCGAUGGCGGCUCGGCCUGCCGAUUGUUGGCAUCGUUAUUUCGCUUCUUUUCUAUUAAAACCUUUUCUAUUAAAUUAACGAUUCCUACCGAAUCACGGUUCAGAUUUCGUGCCAAGUGAUGGUGUGGUGCUCGAUGAUGUUCGACCUUUUGUCCUAAACUCAAAGCUCGGGUUUUACAAUGUGGCCGAGAGAACCGGAGCUGAAGCGUAUCGAUGAGUUGUUACAUUGUGGAAUAUGCUACGAGUAUAUGGACACCAGCGUGAUAACCUCCUGCUCCCACAGCUAUUGUUCCUUGUGCAUUAGAAAGUAUCUGCAUUAUAAGACCCAAUGUCCAAUUUGUUACGAAGAGACUUUCGAGAAAGACUUGAGAAAGAACAAGCUCUUGGACGAGAUUAUCAUUCAGUAUUUGAAUUUCAAGGAGAAACACGACAAGAGGUUCCAUCGUGAAACAUUACUGACCGCGAAGGACGAUAACUCUGAAACUGUGUGCUCUGUAGAUAAUUUCGAAUGCAAGAAAGAGCAAGAUGUUCUUGAUGCAAUCGAGGUGUCGCACAAAAGUUUUGACAGCCCCACGCUCGCGGCUGGCAAUGUCACGCCUCGCGGGCGAAAAGAUCAUCAGCAAGAUGUAUCCACUCCUAGUACCAGUGCGGAUCUUAGAAUACCUUUGAUGUUUACGCCGAAGAGUAAAAGGGGUGUUCAAAAGGAAGAAGAUUGCCAGAUAGUUACAUGUCCGGUGUGCAAAGUAGGAGUGUUCCAAAGUAAAAUAAAUAGACAUUUGGACGAUUGUUUAAAGAGGGAGAGUGCAAACGACCAGCCUAAAAAAUCUUUCCUUACUUGCUCGCUUAUUUCCAGAAGCGAACCGAAACGCAAACCACUGCCAAAGUUAGUGUUAAAUUUAAUGAAGGAUAAUGUCAUACGAAAAAGACUGAAAGAGCUAGGUUUAUUUUCUCAAGGAGAUAGAAAAGCAUUGGAGAAUAGAUUGCAGAGAUACACGAUUCUUUAUAAUGCAGAAUGCGAUAAAACAUACCCUAGACCUGUCGCAGAAUUAAUUAAGCAAUGUGAAGAAGAAGAGAAUUUCGAGAAGAAAGUACAGAAACCAUUAAAUAGAUUGAACGUCAAUAGAAAUACAGAACACAAUGUUAUAGAGCAACAGAGAAAGAAAUAUCUGACCACAAAUAAGGAUAGUUUCGACCAAUUAAUUGCUAGAAUCAAAUAUGACAAUGGUCCACAAAAAAUAUCUGUUAGGCGCAACAUAUUAAACAAAAAACAUUCUGAUAAUGAUUGUGUUAUGGAAAACGAUUCAACUAUUAAGGAUCGUCAGAAAACUCAUUUUCUACCACUAAUUUCUACCACUAAUUGUAUCGAAGAUUCGGAUAAGGAUCGUCAGAAAACUCAUUUUCUACCACUAAUUUCUACCACUAAUUGUAUCGAAGAUUUGGAUUUGAACACAUCUUGUCCCUUGCAAACAUAUUUUAACGAAAAUCCUAAUCCUAUAAAUUUCUUAAGUGUCGAAUUAAAUUCUUCGUCUGACGACUCCACCGACCAAUGUGCUUCCAACCAUAAUAUUUUAAACUAUCCAUGUAAAACUAGUCCAGAUUCAUUUAGUUGUACUAGAAAAAUGGAAAGUGUAAAGGUCGAAAAACUAUCUCCAGAAAAUAUUCUAAUACAUGAAGAAAUAACUAAUCGAUCAAGCCAGUGUGAUGUUUCGGAGAGUAAAAUUGAUAUUGACACUAAAAGAUCAGUUUCUGAAGUGGAAACAGAAAAUGGAGAACAAACUAAAUUAUCUAAGAGAGAUAGAAGUGGCCCAAAGACAAAUUUGGAUAAAUAUGUUACAUGCUCUGAGCCUAAAGAUAGAUCGCAGAUAGAAUUAUACAAUGAAAGUGUAGAUAUAAUUGUAGAAGAUAUCGAUCAUAUUGUUGAAGACAGUGACAUUGAUAAUCAGGAAGAUUACGAGAGGUCAAAGCACGAGCAAUUAAAUAAAGCGAUGGAGGAUUAUGUUUCUGGCAGCACAAAAUUUGAAAAAGAAAACCUGAAGGCACUCGACCAAGAUUUGACAACUAGGAUUUUUCGAAAACGGGAACGCGAAAUAGCAUUUGCGUUAAACGACGUGGAAAUAAUUGCGGAUAGAGCGAUGAAUACUAAGAAAUUGCCCCGGUUUGGCCUUAGCGAAGCUAAGGGAUUUAACAAUGAAAAUCCUGGCGAAACUGUGCAGGACGAAGAAAAAUCACAAAGUGAGAAGGAGCAGUCGCAGACAAUUCGCAUAAAUAAUGUACGUAAUUUGGCGAGAAAAUCUGUUCGAUUGAGAAAUAAAAUAAGUAAUAAAGGAAAGAAAAUUAGCAACAUGAGUUGAAUCAUGGAAUUAAUAGAAUCAUGAAAAUUAUUUUAUAUAUCUUGUUGAGCAUUAUAAAAUAUAAAAAUAAAAAUGUUAGAUUAAGUAAGUCUUUUGUAAUUUUGACUAAGUACUCAAUCGUUGUCUAUAUUUAAAUAUCAAAAUUUUUGUACUUAUAGUGCCUUUGAUAUGAAAACAGAAAUACAUAAUAUUUAUUUUUAAGGCAUAACGAGAAUAAAAAUUAUUAAAAAAAAAGAAAAUAAAAGGAUACAUUAUAUGUUGUAACUGAAAAUCAUUCUGCUUCUUUUAUGUGCAGCAUAUUUUACACUUGAAUAGUAAUAUAUUAUUUACUUUUUGUAAGAAAUUUGAAGAUCAUUUGACUUAGUUUUAUAAAUAUGGUUAUAUAUAUUUCGGACGGUCUUAGUUAUAU